CCAUCUAAAUGAAACCGAAAGUAGAAAAUCGCACGGAAAAUGCGAAUGAGAACAACCCUAACAUGGGCUAACGUUAUAGCUUGUAGUCUUCGAAAAGGACAAAAUUCCUUUUAUUCUUAGUCUUAGUUUAGAAAUAAAUAAACAUUGCACGAUGGAGUUCAAGAUGCAACAUGUAAAAGCGCUGCUCAUGGACCUGGCGAUAAGUUGUGUGCUACAUUACAGCACAAAUGCUUUUUUAAAGAAUAACAGCAGUGUAUUUCUCCUGACUCAACUCUGGUUCGUGGCUGGUGUGAAGUGGGUGAGUCUGUGUUUUCUGCUCGGCAGCUGGAAAGAUGCGUCAGUGCGGCGAUGGGUAGCGGUGACAUGCUUGAUGUGUCCGGUUUAUGAAAGCGGACUGACGCUCCUGUUCAACACUCAGCCGGAGAACUGGAGCGGGUGUUUGUCUUGCCUUGGAAAAACUAUUAGUUCCACAGCUGCAACACUUAUAGCUUGUUUGUUCUGGGAAGUAAGUUUUCCAGACACAAAAAGAAAAGUGGAAAGUUCAGAAUGCGCGGAGACGAAACAGAGAAACCGGGCGCUCUUCAUGCGAGUGGUCCGUUAUUCCAAGCCCGACGCCCCCUUACUGAGUGGAGCGUUUGUGUUUCUGGCACUUGCGGUCAUAUGUGAUAUGUGCAUCCCAUAUUACACGGGAAAGGUCAUAGACAUCCUGGGAGAACAUUACCAACCAAACAGCUUCAUGUCAGCAAUCCUAAUCAUGGGUCUCCUCUCACUGGGCAGCUCUUUGUCCUCUGGGUUGCGUGGAGGUCUCUUCAUGUGCACUCUGUCCAGACUGAACAAGAGAGUUCGUCUUAUGUUCUUUAAUUCUUUGGUCAAACAAGAGAUAGGAUUUUUUGAGGAUAAAAAGACAGGGGACUUGACAUCACGUCUUUCUGUCGACACCAAGUUAAUGAGCCAAUCAGUGGCAAUGAAUGUGAACAUCCUUCUGCGUAGCUUAAUUAAAAGUGUUGGCGUCCUGUAUCUGAUGGUCAGCCUGUCCUGGAAACUCACGCUGGUCACUUUCAUCGAAGCCCCGCUGAUUGCUAUCACUCAAAAGAUUUACAACACACACUAUCAGCAAUUAUCAAAAGAAGUUCAGGACUCAGUGGCCAGAGCCAAUGAGACAGCAGGAGAAGCGGUUGCCGGGGUGAGGACUGUACGCAGUUUCCGCAUGGAACCCAGUGAAGCCCGUCGUUAUGACGACCGAUUGACUGACACUCACAACCUGAAGACUCAAAGAGAUACAGUGAGGGCCAUCUACCUAUUAGUGCGACGGCUGAUGUCAUUAGGAAUUCAAGUUCUGAUGAUGUACUACGGUCGUCAGUUCAUCAAGUCAGGCUGCAUGAGUACAGGCAACCUUGUGUCCUUCAUCCUCUACCAGGGUGACCUGGGAUCAUACAUUGGGUCUCUUGUAUACAUGUAUUCUAACAUGCUAAACUCCGUGGGUGCGGCUGCUAAAGUUUUUGAGUACUUGGACAGAAAGACACUGGUGGGCAUGGAUGGAAGUCUUCAUCCUGAAACCUUGACUGGCAAAGUCCACUUCAACAACCUCACCUUCUUCUACCCAACUCGACCUGAUCGGCCAGCCCUCAAGAACUUCUCGCUGGAGUUGAAGCCGGGUCAGAUGACGGCUCUGGUGGGAAUGUCAGGUGGGGGGAAGAGCACCUGUGUGAGUCUGCUGGAGAGAUUCUACCAGCCUCAACAGGGACAAAUUCUGUUAGAUGGGCAACCACUGCAGAACUACCAGCACAAAUAUUUGCACCAGAAGGUGGCCAUGGUAGGUCAGGACCCUGUGCUUUUUUCUGGCUCCAUCAGGGACAACAUAGCUUACGGUUUGACUGAUUGUGAUCAGAAAAAGGUGGAGGAUGCAGCCAAAGAUGCCAAUGCCCAUGAUUUCAUCAGUCGACUAGAAAAAAGAUAUGACACAGAUGUUGGAGAGCGUGGUUGUCUUCUCUCUGGGGGUCAGAAGCAGCGUAUUGCUAUUGCCAGAGCUCUAAUCAGACAACCUCAGGUGCUCAUACUGGAUGAGGUCACCAGCAGCCUGGACACUGAGAGCGAACGCAUGGUUCAGGAUGCUCUGGCCCGUCAUCCCAACCUGACCUUGCUAGUGAUUGCACAUAGGCUGAAAACAAUUGAAAGGGCAGACCAGAUCAUUAUGAUUGACAAAGGGGAGGUUGUGGAGCAAGGGACACACCAAGAACUGAUGAAGAAGAAAGGCAGUUACUAUAAACUGAGAGAGAGGCUCUUCACUGAAGAAAAAGUAGACGAGGAGGAGGUCAAACACGAAUGACUUGCUUAUUAUAAGCUCUUUCCAAGAACACAUUACUUUUUAUAAUAACAGGCAGCAAAUUCACAAUGAAACAGAGUUCGUUUCCUUUUAAAAUAGCAUUGUAUUCAUUAAACAUUUAGCUUUUCGUUA